AUGGAAAAAUUGGAGAUUUACCAAAAGGUCCAAAAAGCAGAGGGGAGUCGAGGUUGUUUCACAUAUCGAAGACCAAAUGAUUAUAUAAAAAAUGGUAUGACACUCUUGGUUGUCAUUGGCAUCAUCUUUACAACAAAGACUGCCAAUGCGCAGUACUCUCUACCGAGCGACGAUCCUAUUAAAAUUGAUUUAACUCUGUUGCGUGGUGCUUCAGAAAUAGGAGCAGUUUGUCUAGAUGGAAGUGCACCGGCGUUUCAUUUCAGCAGGGGCUUUGGUUCUGGUACUGAUAAUUGGCUUAUUCACCUUGAGGGUGGUGGCUUGUGCAAUACAAUGAAGUCAUGUUCUGAACGUAAGCAGAGUCCGAUUGGAUCAUCGAAGUUCAUGGAGAAAACAGGUUUUGGCGGAAUUUUGAGUAGCAACAAGUCGAAAAAUCCAGAUUUCUAUAACUGGAACAAAGUAAAGGUGCGCUAUUGUGACGGUGCUUUUUUUUCUGGGACUCGCACCGGCGAAUAUGAGUAUAAUACAACAGGAAAACUCUUCUUCAGAGGACAGCUCAUCUGGGAUGCAGUUAUGGUCGAACUCAUGGAGUUAGGGAUAUACAAUGCUAAACAGGCUUUUCUUACAGGUUGCUCUGCUGGUGGAUUGGCGACACUCAUACAUUGUGAUAGUUUUGCAGAACUUUUUACUCCUGGAAAAGUUAAUGUGAAAUGUCUCUCAGAUGCAGGGUUUUUCAUCGACGAGAAAGAUAUAUCCGGUGGCCGUACCAUACGUUCUUUCUUUCAUGGUGUAGUAAAAUUCCAGGGUAUGGUGGCUAGUUUGAACAAAGCGUGUGUCUGUUUAUUUCCCCAAAAUUUUGUCAAGAACAUAAAGACGCCAGUUUUCCUCGUAAAUCCUUCUUAUGAUGCGUUGCAGAUAGAAAAUGUUUUGCUUCCACCUUCGGCAUACGAUUAUUGGGCGAAAUGUACAAAGGACAUUGCACAAUGUAGCCCAAGUCAGCUCUAUAAAUUACAUGCAUUCCGAGAUUCCAUGUUAAAAGUACUGAGCAAAUAUAAGCGGAACAAAAAUAUAGGAAUGUUCAUAGAUUCAUGCUUUGCUCAUUGCCAGACGGAUAGCGACAAAUGGCAUUUGCAUUCUCCAAGGAUCAACAAUAAGACCAUUGCUGAAGCAGUAGGGGAUUGGUAUUUCAAUAGAAAGAGGGUACAGUAUAUCAACAAUUGCCGAUAUCCUUGCAAUCCUACUUGUAGUAAUAAAGUGUGGGAAUAA